ACAGUCGUCGCUCGUCCGUUCCCGAGAGAAAGAAAUUAAUAAAGAGCCCGACGAACGGCGCCGCUAAUAAUCACCAUAAAACAUAUUGCGGACUCCAAGAAAGAUGUGCGUGCCACAUUAACCAUUCGUGUUCUAGUGAUAUUGACAUUAUUUUUGCGUUUCGAUCUAAUCACACAGCUGUCAAAAUGGAUUUGAAGUACGAUCGGAAAUUCGAGGAGAUGAAGAAGUACAUUCCAUUUUUGGAGAACAUGAUCAAAAGAUUGGAAAGUACGAGCAUGACUUCGGCGAAUCCUCGGCAAGCUCAACUGGACAAAAUUAGAUCUUUGAGAGAUCUCUUGUUGGAUAAAAAGAAAAGAAUGAAAAUGGAGAAUUUGCUCAAAUGCGAACAGGUUUUGGUGAACCUAUACGCAAAAGUAGAGCAGAGAGAUACACAAUUGAGUCCAAAGUCUGAAACUUCACAAAAUUCCAAAUCAAAAGAUAGUAGUGAUUUAGAAGCUGUAAGGAAUAAAUUAAAAUCUGUUGUUAGAACGACAAUAGAAGAGGGUGAGGAAACAUUGCCAGAAAUUGCUCGAGCUAGUAUUAUAGAAGAAACUUGUACACCCGGUAGCAAAGAGCCUGCCCUUUUUCAAAGAAGGCCAAAUAAAACUUCAAAAUCACCGGCACGGAUUACACAAAAAAGCCCAAUUAAAACAGCCAAUUCAACGACAUCUAAAAGAAACUACACUCGAGUAUUGCUUUCACCAGAACCUAGCGAAAGACGUUGGGACGAUGAUAACAAAACCUCAGAGAAACUUUUCAGCCGUAGAUCACCACGACGGUCGCCUAAGAGAUGCUCACCUACCUAUAAUAAGAAAGAGCGAAAAAAGUCUUCCAAACAAAGUCAAGGAAAGAAAUCUAAGGAUUUGAAUAUAACAUUGAGUGUCCCAGAAGAAAGUCUUAAUUCUUUAAACAGUAAGGAUAUAUUGAAGAGGAUCAUGAAUUGUAGUGAUAAUGAUGUUGAUAUCAAAACUUUAAGAGAAGCUAAAAGACAAAUUCUUAAUGAAUUGAAACAAACGGGAGCAAAAUAUGAUGAUAUAUCAGAUUUAUUAUUGAAAUCAUAUGAAAAGACUGGUUCCGAUUUUAAGAAGAAAGACGACGUUGAAGAAGGUGAAUUAUCUGAUAGCGAAAGUGAAGCUAUUCAAAGUAUAUAUGGUAACUUCAUUCUUGAUGAUAACGACAAUGCAUCUAAAGAUAAAAAUUCUAAAACACUAGAAAAACCCAAGAAAAUUCAAAUUUGCCUUGUAAUAAAUCAAGAUAAAGAUAAUGCUACUUGUGAAAUACAAAAUGCUGUUUCAGGAGAUACAGAUAAUGAUUUUGAGAUGUUUGAUAAAAAAUCUUUAGAAAAUGUUCAAGAAUGUUCAAAAAGUUCGGAAAAAUCUAAUGUACAUAAUGUUAACCAGAAGGAAUCUUCAAAGGUAGACGAAAAAGGAGACGAUGACUUAAAAGUACAACCAUGUCUAUCUCUAGCUAAAGACGGGGUUUCUGAAAGUGUUGCAAUAAAAUUUGGUGAUUCGGAAAAGAUCGCUAAUGCUAGUGCUGAAACUACAAAUCAAGUCGCAAACUUUUACAAACCUUUAGUCGAAGAGACAUGUGAUUCAAAUCCUGUAACGUCAUCCACUUCAAUAGAAAUAAAGGAAAAUACCAUAUCACCGUCUUCUACUGACAAUCUUCCAGCGUUAGCAGUUAAUUUAAAAGAUAUAGAAAAGGAGAAAAAUAAUGUUGAAAUUCCAUUACUGCACGAUCAAAGUGUUGCUACACAGAAGCCAAAAGAAGAUGUAGUAUCAGAAAUAGAUAUUUUACAAGCACUCAAAAAUGAAAUUUUGAGCGAAUCUUUAUCCAUACCCGGGUCGGAAAGUACCCCUUUAAUGCAUCAACCAAAGCUAACAAAAGUAGCAAGUGUUCAAGAAAUUGUGCCAAAAAAAAGAAUAUCUAUUGAAAAAUAUAAGAAAAAGUCUAUUCCUUCGACGGCUACACCUAAUCCGUUAUUUGUUAAUGACCCUGUUUUAUCUUUAAUGGAUGAUAGUACGUCAUCUAAAGAAGAUAGCGCAAAGAAACAAAGUCUUAAGUUAACUGAAAAAGAAUGUGAGCGAUUCAAUUUUCCCACUAAAUUAGCUUUUGACGACGACGACGAUGACAUGGAAAAUGAUUUAAUUUCCGAUGAAGAUACCACCAAAGACAUACCUUUGAAUGAUACUUAUGGAAAUCUUGCUCCAAAAUCACCAGAUCAUAUUGAUUCAUUGGAGUGCGUGAAAAGUGUGCCUCCUGUCAUUAUACCCGUUGAUCCUGUUAAAACAGCGUUAGCUCCUUCAAAGUCUGACGUUGAUAUGAGGACGUUAAUGCCAAAUGUAAUGGUCUGUUCAACUAUUGAGACAAAUCAAGAUUUAAUUAAAAACAAUGUUGAAAAGACAAAAGCGCCAGUGGAUCCACGAGUCAGGAGAGACCUAAGUCAGGCGUCUGAUAAAGACCAUCUCGUUCAUUCUAUUACGUUAGAUACGGAGAAAAUAUCACAGCCAGUACCGCCUGUUGUUAACUACCCUAAUAUGAUACCCAAUGUGACUUCAAAUAAAACACAGAACAGAACUCUAUUGAUGACUCCAAAUAUGAACCCAAAUAUGACUCCUAGUCGGGUUUCAAACAUGACACCUAAUAUGACGCCUAACAGAAAUAUAAAUAUGACACCAAAUGCGCGAUCAUUUGAUAUUGGUAACCGCCAAAAAUUUGAAGUUGAUGAUAAUACCGUUACUAAGCAUGUUUAUGCCCCAACAUUUCCAUUUUACGACCAUCGUGAAAGUAGAGAACAAUCGGUGGCUAAGGAACAAGAGCGUAGGCCUCUUUGGGAUCAACAAUCUAGAUGGGGAGAUAGUGUAGACAAUCGAGAUCGUAAUCCUAAACGUGAUCCUAGAUCUAGUUCUGUCCAUAGAGAAACUUCUGAUUAUUCAAAAUCACGAUAUGGCGAAUCAUUCAACAAGUAUGAUAAUUAUAAUUCAAGAUUCAAUGAUAGAAGAGAUUCUUAUAGUAAAACAGAUUGCCCACGAACUCCACUUCCCUCGUUUGGGCGACCAGAGGCUCCUUCUACACCAAACCAUCCAUUUGGUAGAUUAGAUGCACCUAUGACGCCUGUACCUUCUUUUGGAAGAACUGACUGCCCCUCGACUCCGAGUCAUCCCUUUGGCCGUUCAGAAUGUCCAUCAACACCUAGCCAUUCUUUCGGUCGUACUGACCUUACAUGGAACGAGUGUCCGAUGACACCUAGUCAUCCAUUUGGACGAAUGGAUGUACCCACAACACCUAGUCAUCCAUUUGGACGUAUGGAUGUACCCACAACACCUAGUCAUCCAUUUGGAAGAUCCGAAUCUCACUCUAGAGACCCUAGAUUAAACAGAACGUCUGAAUACGAUAAUUUUCAAAAAGACGACGCUGAUCGUAACUACCGGAGAGAUCGGAAUAGGUUACAUUAUCAUAAUCCGCAUAGGUCGGAACCGCAUCAACCAGACUCUUAUCGAAACUACAGAGAACACAGUCUUAGUAGAAAUGAAAGAAAUAAUUAUUCAGAAAAUGAUUCACGUCAUUUUAACAGAGAUCAAGCAUACAAGAGAGAGUCUAGCAUCGGAUGUGCGACGUCUCGUGACUACGACGAUCGAUUAUCUACGGUAGAUCGUAACGGUGACAUUUCAAGAAACGAAUAUCAUCAUAAGGUUGAUAAUGAUCCUAUGAGAAAAGGAUUUAUUCGUGAACAGAGUGCAGGACGUUCUAUGUCGAUUGAUAGACGAAUGCAUCAUGCAUCAUCUAGAGCUUCGAGUGUUGGUCGAACCGUACAUGUCAAUGAUACUCGAACAUCUGUUAAGCCAGAUACAGGAAGUUCAUUUACUAUAAACACUAGUGUCCGCUCGACAUUCCAAGAUUUUCUUCGAGAUGACAAAUCACAGAUGUCCGACUCUUUUGAAAGACGAAAACGUGCUUCUAGUGUGGGAAGAACACUGCACCAUGAAUCUAAUGUAGGUAGAUCACUAUUUAAUACAGAUGACUCCAAACAUAAUAAUGAUGAGUGUUUAAAAAGUAAUAAUUUCAGGCGUGCACGUAGUGUAGGAAGAGACAUUCUCAGUUCUGAAAAAGAAAAGACCUUUAAAGACUUAAGGGCAGAUUUUGAGAAAUUUUACAGAGAAAAUAUUAAGGGUGAUAAAUAUUUUGACUCAAAAGAUUCAAGAAAAUAUGACAAAGAUAAUGCUUCAAGCGAACUUAAAAAUCAAUCUAUUAUUAAAAAUAAGAAUAUCUAUGAAAAUGCAAAUAAAGAAUGUCGUAGCAAAAAGCCAUAUUCGCCUAGAAAAAAUCAAAGAGAUCCAAGAAUGCGUCGUAACUUACCCAAUUCUAAAAAUAAAUAUGUGAAUAAUGAAGAACGAGGAAAGAGACAAAUUGGAAUUGUAUAUUCCAAUGAUAAUAUUAAAAAGGGUACUAUUUUGGGUCCAGGACUUGGUGUUAAAAAUUAUAAAAUACCGAAAAUUAAAAGGGCGGUUGAAGAAGUGAAAGAAGAUAAAAAGAAAAGUGAUGAAAAAGAAGCAGAAGUGAAGAAAGAUGUUAAGAAAGAAGAAAAAAAAAUAGAAGCAAAGAAAAAUGACAAGAAAGAAUUAAAGGAAAUCAAUCGCAAUGGCGAUAAAGUAACAGAAAAAGAUGAUUUUAAUAAAAAAAAUAAUAAUAGAAAUAAAACUCUUACUCUUGAAAAAAUAGAAACGAAACAGGAUUCAGAAAAAGUUAUAGCCAACCCAGUUAAAUCAAAUGAAGGUAACGAGGAAAAACUUGAAAAGCGUAUUACCCGAUUAACUAAAAAAAGUGAAAGUUCACUUUCUACAGAAAAAGAUAUUGUGUCUAAGACUAAAAAAUCAAAACGGCCUGUUUUAUUCGAUUCGGAUUCGGAAGAAGAUAAAGUUGAGUCAAUCGCAAAGGUCUGUAAACACAACAAACCUUCGAAACUGUCUACUGUUGAAACAAGUCAAGCUAACGAAACUAUGACCGAUACUCGUACUUCUAAGAACAGUGUAUCUGGAAGCAUAGAAAUUCCAAAUAAUGAAGGAACGUCUAAUGAAAUACUAACUGAUAAUUUGGAAUCAAAUUUUGCUAUAGAUGAUUUGGAAAUUUUUUCUGAUAAUUUAGCUUCUGAUCCAGUAAUCGAUAACAUAAACGCUAUUAUUGCUGAUCUUGAUAAUGAUUUAGAUUCUUCUAAAAUUGCAACCACAGAAUUCAGCAGUGAUAUUACUCUAGAAAAUAUGUUGGAUACUUUUGAUUCUGAUAAAGAAAAAAAUGCAAAAACUUUAACGGAAAAUCUUAAUGAUAUAUCAGAAGUUAUAAACAACGACUUGCACCAAUCUGUGGAAUCCAAAAAAGUUGUCACUUUCACGAGUGUAAGUACGGAUAAACAAAAUUUUGUUGGUCAUACAUUGAAUGUAACAAAGUCUGAAAGAUUAGCUUCACAAGCCUUUGAAUCAGGCGACAUUGGGAAGCAUUCAUUGCAGUGUGAACAACCAGUAAAAGACGAUACAGUCUCUACAACUGAAAUAAACAAAGAAACAAUUGUAGAAAAUGUGGAAGAAUCCAAAAUGACGAUUUCAGAAGCAAAUUCUGUGCCAGACAGUACCAACGAGGCUAAUUCACAGAAACUAGAUUCAGGAGAUAGUUUGCCUGAUAGUACUAAUGAGUCACAAAUUGAUCUCAACUCUUUGGUCACAUCAUCACAUGAUACGUUAGAAAUAAGCAGUAUAGAGAAUGUAGGACCCAGUUCAGUUACCAAAGAAGUAUCAUCGAUGAAUUCUAUUGGUAAUAUUUUGUCAAUCUUACAGAAUAAAUCGAAACUCAAGGAGAUAUUGAAUUUGUUAGGUGACCAAUCGAGUGAAAAUGAAAAAAUAAAGAAGAAACUUGAGAAACUCAGUGAAAUUGUAUUGGACGAAGAUGAUGAAGUGGAAAAUAACCCAAACGAAAAAUCCACACCUGAUGUUAGCGUGAAAUCGUUAAAUCAAUCCAAUGAUCCAAAAGAUUCUAUUACAGAAGAAACGUCAAAGGUUGAUAUUGACAGUAUGAACGAUAGCAAUGAAUUAUCAGUAAACGUUGAUUUGAAAUCGACCGAUGAUGUUAAUCUCAAACAAUCAAAUGAAAACGAAACAAAUAUAUUGGAAAACAAUAUUUCAGAAUCUACUACAGAAAAUGUUAUCAACGAAAGAAAUACAACAAAUAAUGAGAAAAUACAACCGUCUAAAAAACUGCCAGCCAAGAAAGGCGCUUUAAGUAAAAAAGGAAAAGGUAAAGCUGCUAAAAAUACUGUUUUGAAAAGGCCUAAAAGGAUCACUCGAUCCGCCAAUAUAAACGUGAAAAAAACAUCUAGAGAAUUACUAAAAUUACAAGAGGAUUUAAAAGAGAUGUUCAUAAGUGAUGACGUUUUAAAUGCAACUGGUAUUAGAAUGUGUCGUUUAGCGAAACUUGUUAAUGAUAAUACCUCUAAACAAAAAGAAGAUCUAACCACCAAUGAAUCUGGUCCGGUAGUAGUUUUAGAGAAAUUUAAAGAUUUAGAAACAGUUGAUGAAGUUAAAUCUUUAGCAAAAAAUAGAAAGAAACCAGGCCCUAAACGGAAACCAAAAACUGAAGAAAUACAUGAAAAUAAAAACAACAAAGUUAAAUCAUUUAAAUAUAAACCAGGCCCAAAAUCAAAAACGAAACAUAUCCAAAAAUCGGAAGAUGACGAUCCCUACGCAUUUGAAUCCGAUUCUGUUAGUGAAAAUAAUUAUUCUAUAAAGUCUGCCGAUGGCAAAGAACCACAUAAUUCGGAUUCAGAAAGUGAUUCAAUAUCUUCAUCUCAAAGUUUCGGAAGUACAGAUUUGUUGGUAGAAGUAAAAAAGAAACCAAAGCGUAAACGAUCGGCCUGGCAGUCUGGCGUUAUAAAGCCGAAAAACAGGAAAAAGAAAUUUGAAUCCAAUCAAAAAGCAGAGAUUUUCUUAAACGAAGAUGUAUUAGUACCAGAAAAAACUCAAAAUAUUCCGGAUAACAAUUGUUUUACUGAUAAAUCCUAUUGUUUUUUUAAGAACAUUUUUAUCUACUCUUGUCGCCUUUGUGUUUAUAGUGGAGAAAACAUUGUGAACCAUUAUAAACAACAACACCCUCACUCUGAAAUACCACUUUCCCGCCUUAGCCCUGAAAUGGCAAAAGAAGCAAUUGAACAAUGCGAAGAAGUAAAUUUUCAAUCUAUAAGCAAGAUACCUACCGAUAAAUAUGUAUGUAGGUUUUGCUUCAAGGAAUUUACCAGAAAAAAGGCUGCACUGGAAGCUUUUUUCUGGCAUAUUGUAAGCAUGCACACGGGUGAAUAUAAACACUCCUGUACAUUAUGUGACAACGAUGCAAAGUGUCCUUUCAACUUGGACAUACCGCCACCUCCAAAAGAGGUAAAAGGACAACUUAUAGGUUAUAUUUGUGAAAAAUGUAACUUUACCCAAAUAUCGUUAGAGAAUUUGAAAACUCAUGUUAUUGUUCGUCACAAUGAUGAACAAACAGAAGUUUAUACUAUCAACUUAGCCGUAAUGUCGAAAAAAGCAAUUAAGGCACUUGUGAAAUGCAGCAACACCGAACCAGAGAAACCACGAGUACUUAGAAGUAGUAGGUCGAAUCAAAGUGUGACAGAAACUAGCGAUGAUCAUAGCGAUGAUGUGACAGACAGUGAUCAGUCGUCCGAACUUCUGUCAACAAAUAAAAAUUCAAAACCUCCUACUGUUGAACAACAUGAAAAGGUCAAUAUGCAGUCAAAGAUAACAUUUGAAAGUGAUGACAAUGCGAUUGAAGCCAGUCCUUCAUCCAAUAUGCUUAAAACUGUUGUCAAAAAGGAAACUAUAGAUGAAGAGAUCGGCAAUAACAAAGAGAUCGAGGGAUUUAAAAACAAUUUGAUAUCGGAAAUAUGCGGAGUUGACAUGGUAUCUAAUGAAAAUGAAGUCGCUGAAAAUAGUGUUCCAGAAGAUAUCGAUGAUUGUGCCCAUUUUAAGAUAACUUAUACAGACAGUGGUUUAAAGGAAUACGUUUGUUGCAUUAAUGGAAUUGAUAAUCAUUACAAAACAACUCUUUUGAUAUCCAUGAAAAAACACGUGCAGGUUAAACAUGCUGAAAUAUGGGACGGGUAUUGCUUUAUAUGUAAAGUGAUUGUGACACCGCAAGGUAAGCACACGUUCAAGGAUUGUUUUCAACAUUAUCUCGAUAAGCACAUGGAUAAUUUCCCAGUUUUAGAAAAAAAUGCCGCUCAAACUGAAGAAAUACAGGACUCUUCUCCAUCUGAAGUUCAGUCAUCUUCUAACAAAUCAUAUAUAAACGUGCGUCCUAUGUCGGAGUUGAUGUCGAAAGAAAUCUGUAUGCCAUCUACACUUUUACCACUGCCUCCUACCGAAGAACUUCCGACUCUGCCUAAAAUCGAGAAUGUCAUGAGUCUUGGCGCCCAAACAGCUGAGCCGUCUCAAGCGAGCCCGAGCUAUCCUUCUGUGUUGACUGAACCUCCUAAAGACGAUGAUAAACAGUAUAAAUAUGAAGAGGUCCAAGCAGAGGUGAUGUCAAAAAAGCACAGAGUCGUCUUAGACACAAUGAUGAGUUCGCUUAAACUAGUGAACGUGUUCAAAUGUGCAGGCAGCUACUGUUCCUUCUCCUCUGAUUCUCCGGAACAGGCAUUACUUCAUGCAUCUACCCACCAGCGCGUUGGAGGGGAAAACUCAUUGAUAUGCUCGUACUGUGAUUUUGAUUGUUCUGGGAAUGCUAUAGAUUUGGUGAUGCAUGUGUUCAAAGCACAUGGAACAUGCCCGUACGCUUGUGGGUAUUGUUUCUAUCGAGCAACGGCAAGCCAACUAGUGAUGGCACACAUCAGCCGCAUCCAUAAAGAUGCGCCGCCGAAGAUCUUGUCAUUGGCGAAUGUGCAACCGCCUCAAAUAAAAGAUUCCUCAAUGCUGUCGCGCGAAGUCGUCGUCCUUUACUACGUUUGUGCACACGUUUGCAAGUUCCGGGCAUAUACAGCUGGCAGGUUUUGCGAGCAUUUAAUUCAACAGCAUGCGGCCGAGCUGUCUCAUCCAUGCUAUAUCUGCAAGGAGAAGCAGCUGACGCCCCAACAGUUGAUCCAGCACAUGAAGUGUCACGAGCUGAACGUGUACCAGUGCACCUGGUGCCUGCACGGAGCCGACACCGAAACCGCGCUGCUCUACCACUCCUCACAGAAACACCCUCACAAACAACCGCAGGCUUACCUUAGGGUCAUCACAAACAAAGACGGAUCUUCACAGUUGAGGGUACUUCCAUUGGUGUCGUUCAAUAAAUCCAAAGUGGCCGUCGAUAUCGUGCCGGCGAACAUGCACGAGAAUCCUGUGAGGGAAGCCGAGAGAUCAAUAGAUCUAGAGAAACUCAUAGGCCAUACAAAUAUGCUUAUAAAUUCCGUGGCAUCUAAGCCGAACGAAGCCGCACCUCAACCUCCGACAGAAACUGAAUCAGCUGUUACAAGCAUCAUAGAAGAUAACCUCGCAGAUGUCGCGCAACAAGCCGCAGCCGCAGUUAUAGAUCCUGUAUCUGUGUCAACACCCCAAAGACCGGCCACACCAGUAACAACUAGAGAGAUGUCCGAACAAGUCACACGCAAAAUUAAGUCAGAGCCUCCUGAACAAACUCCCAAAAAAACUUUGCCUACUGAUGUGGUAGUAUGUCUGGACAGUGACGACGAAAACUCUCGAGAUUCGAGAGAUUCCCGACUCAGCAUCAUAGCGCUGUCGGACGAUGAAACGAGCGCUGCCGAUUCACCGAACAAAAAAAGCAAAGAUGAGUCCAAAUAUAAAAUAAUACCCUGGUCUAUCUUACUAACGUGUCCGGUGUGUCUUUUAACUUACAAAUCAGUGGCAGGGUUCAAGAGGCACACCAAUACGUGCGUUCCCACCGGAUCUUGGACGUGCGCGCAUUGUGAAAUACCUGUAACGAACAGGGAUGCCCUCGUCAAACAUUACGUCAAAGAUCAUAUGAAGGACAAGUGCUUAAAUGUGUGCGACCUGUGCAAUGCAAGAUUCCCUACCGUCGCUCUCGCGAAGACUCACUUGAAAUACGUCCACGGGAUAACAAAAACAAUGGUUUGGAAGGUUGAGAACGCAGAAAAAGAGGUCGAAUGGGUCGUCGGCCCGGUCAACGCGAAACCUGGCGGUGUUCAGAAGAGGAAGCGAUCUUCGAGUGGCGCCACCGAACCGCCAUCUAAACUGAAGAGAUUCGGCCCGCGCGACGUCGACCUCCUACCUAUAAACCCGAUCCUGGACGAGUCCGUAUCGUGCUCCCUGUGCGAGUUUAAAACUAAAGUGCGUCUCAACAUGGUGCGACAUCUCCAGCUGCACGCGGAGCAGCAGCCGGUGCCGCAGACAGCGCCCAUCAAUCCCGUCCCUCACCUGGAAACUAACGAGAAACACUUCGACAAGAUGGUGAAUCUCGCUUCCAGUUCCAUCGUGAAUAGAGCGCCGGAGAAGCAGUCUCGGCCCGAAGGAAACACGACAGUCUCCGUGUUGAUCCCGCCCGAGGCCGCCUCGCGGUAUCCUAGAUACGUUCCGGAUAGGCAACGGCACACGUGCGGGGCGAAGGGAUGUUCCUACAUAUCCGUGGACGAAGCGAUGCUGCGGUGCCAUUGGGAGACUCUGCAUUCAGGCUCGAACGACUUCCAUUGUGUUCAUUGUCCGCCGUACCAACAUCUCGACACUUCAAAACCUCUGACUGCAGCUAGGAUCAUCGCUCAUUUGAAAAUGCACGACGCUACAUUGUAUGCGUGUUCAUCUUGCGCUUACUAUCACUAUAAGAAGCAAGUGCUAGAUAAGCAUUUGUCGGAAGUCCACAAAGGCGUCGGGAGACUGAUGGUCGUCCGUGAGGAAGUGAUUCCUCCACCCAACGCUGGGCAAGUUGCUGCGCCCACUAUGGACUUAAAGCCCUGGCAAUGCGGCAUCUGCAACUUCAAGAGUAUGCUCCGUCCCGAAGUGGUAGAACACUGCUCGAAAUCCCAUCAAACCAAGAUGCAAUUUAAAUGCUACUACUGUCCGUUCCGUACUUCGACCGUAGAAAACGUGACGAAACAUCAAGCGAACAUCCAUCCUAAGAAGAACCCUGAAAUAUUCUACUUCUAUUACCGGGAGGGUUCUAUUCCCGAUGAAGUAGAUGGUACUCCUCGAUGGGUGAAGCAGCGGCAGAAGUUCGCACCGACAGAUCCUGAAGUGAAGAGCGAGGUGGCAGAUUCGAAUACUUAUUUGAGUCAGUUACUAUCGAUGUCGGCGAAACCAAUCCAGCCACCUAUUUUGGACCUUAAUAUUGUUAAGAAAGAAGUAGAAGACUCUGCUGAGAUGACGAUAGAACAGCUCUUGAAUAAGUAUGGCCAGACGUGUGAACCUAAUGGACUUAGGUACAAAUGUCCGCUGUGUAAAGUGGUUACAGAAGAUACUAAGGAAGCAAUACAAUCGCAUCUAUACGAAGAACUGAAAUAUAGGAGAUGGGCGUGCACGGUAUGCUCAUACAAAGCAUUUCACAGGAAUGGUUUAAGCGAUCAUAUAGUCCAAGAGCAUAGAGGUUUUGAUAGCCAGGAACCAACACAGUUACCCUUGGACGUCAACAUAGAAAAAUGGGUCACACAUAUAUUGCAAUACCAAACGAAAUCUAUUGAGAAAAACAAAGACAAUUUGUCCAAGCAAAAGAUUUUAACAGAAAGACCUGCUCCAUCCACUUCCACAGCUAAAACUACUAGUGUGUCAGAUAAAGUGUCAGAUAAAUAUAGCAUGAAGGAUUUGGAACAGGCAUUUGGCAAGUUGGGAGUGCCCAGUAACAUGUUCUUUUGUUGUCCAAAGUGCGAUUUUGAAGUUAAAGAGGAAUCUUCCAUGCGAGAUCACUUAGAAGGCGAGCUGACUAAAAUCAGAUGGUGCUGCAGCAGCUGCGCGGAAAACUUCCAGACUUAUCACGAGGCACAGUUCCACUGUAAGAGCGUACACGGAGUUGGCAACUCGCGCCCCGUUGAGGCCGUUCGCGAGCCCGCCAUGAGGGCCGCCUGGAUACAAGCCGUGCUCCGCGUGCAACGGCUCACCAUGAACUGUCUGCCCGCUAACCCCCCACAAUCCACCACAAACCCGCCGCCCCCACCCCGAGACAGUGACAACUCCCUCCUCGUCGUUCGCUACGAAGAAACCGUCACACCUUCCGAACUUGUGCCCCGCAAAAGACCAGCCGAAUCGCCGUCACCAUCCGAAGUCGUCGAGCCGAAAAGAAAAGCCGCCGGCGGCAGCUGUCCAUCCUGCCCAUUCAAGACGAAGUACAAUCACGUGCUUCGCGAACAUCUGCUCCGACAUUAUGAUUUGAAGCCGUUCUCGUGCACUUUCUGCGAUUUCAACGGCACGAAGAAUCUAGUCAUGCUCCAUCUACAAUCGAACCACGAGUGUGUGAUCAAACCGGAGUAUGUAAAGCAGACGCCGCUGCCGACGGGACCACUGUCAUCCCCGAAUUCUACUCCCAAACAGAAUAAACUGAACAAACCUGCUGAGGAGAGUGACGGGAAAAUGUGGUGUUUGAUAUGCGAGAGAAUACUGCGCGAGUCUGAUGCGGCAACGCAUGCGCACGACGACGGAACUAAACCGGAGAUCGGCAAGAAAGGAGAUGUCGUCGUCAAGUGUUGUGUCUGUAUGGCACUCCGGCUCGAUUAUUCUUCGUUACUCGAACAUCACAAUGCGUCGCAUCCCGACCAGUCUAUCAACUAUGCGUUCUUCAAACUGUUCCAUGACACGAGGGAAGUUCUCGCUUGUUCCCGAUGCGAUAAACGGUUUAAGUACAUCAAGGAUUUAAAGUCGCAUCACAAUGCAUCUCACGAUUCUAAUUCGAUGCUGAUCUAUAAUAUAGUUCCAUACUCGGUAUCGGCCUCGAUAGAUUCCGAUGAGGACGCUGAGCCUAAGAAAUCUGACGAGCGUAAGAGGGUAGCCAGGAAGUCUACGACUAAGUUGCCCGCUCAGGCGGUAGCGAAGAAGUCUACCACUAGACUGCCGUAUGACGUCACAGACGUAGAUGGUGAAUACUCGUUCUACGGAACGAAACCCCUUUCGCCUGACCGAUAUGAGAAUGUCACUACGCUCAUGUCUUUCUAUAAUACCAUGGUGCCGUUCACCUUGAAAAAACUCUGUGAAGUUAUUGAUAUAAAUCCAACUGUUGUCGUUGAAGAUUUUAAGAAAAAAAUGUAACCUGAUAUAUCAUAAUUAUUAGUGUAAAUAUUUAGUUUAAACUAGCCAUAGAGUAUGGCGAAUGUCUGUGAUUUCAUUUAAAAAAAAAAUCUCGUAGAUAAUCAUUAAUCGUAGUCAUUUGGUCUAAUUCGAAUUUCGUUCUUAUCAAUGUGAAUCGUUCAGAAAACCGUGAAAAAAAAAACAUUUUUAUUAAAAAUAAUAUUUUUGAAUACGCUUAUUAUUUGAUAAGUUAUUUGACACCAAGUAUAUAGAGUUAUCGAAUUAUGUAAUUUAAGGUUUAGUGAUUAUUAUUUGGUAGAAAUUUAAAGGCAUUUAUACUUUUCAAUUACUUUUAGGGCGCCCUCUAUUUCGCUGUGAAAAUCGGUAUUC